GCUCCGCAACUGGGAGAGCCGCGAGCGGCGCAAGGCCAAGGAGUACGAGAAGGAGCGCGAGCGCGAGCGCUGCCGCGAGGAGGAGCGCGAGCGCGAGGCCAAGCGCCUCAAGGAGUUCCUCGAGGACUACGACGACGAGCGCGACGACCACAAGUACUACAAGUGAGUGCCGCGAGGAGGAGCGCGAGCGCGAGGCCAAGCGCCUCAAGGAGUUCCUCGAGGACUACGACGACGAGCGCGACGACCACAAGUACUACAAGUGAGUGCCGCGAGGAGGAGCGCGAGCGCGAGGCCAAGCGCCUCAAGGAGUUCCUCGAGGACUACGACGACGAGCGCGACGACCACAAGUACUACAAGUGAGUGCCGCGAGGAGGAGCGCGAGCGCGAGGCCAAGCGCCUCAAGGAGUUCCUCGAGGACUACGACGACGAGCGCGACGACCACAAGUACUACAAGUGAGUGCCGCGAGGAGGAGCGCGAGCGCGAGGCCAAGCGCCUCAAGGAGUUCCUCGAGGACUACGACGACGAGCGCGACGACCACAAGUACUACAAGUGAG